CGAUGACCCGAGGAAGUCGAAGUGAACAAAGGAGGCAGCACCCACACUGAACGGGCCUGGUGAUAAAGAAGAUACUGAGUGGUUCAUGGCCAGACAGUUGUCUAGGUACCAGGAGGAGGUAGUAGCUACCACAUACCCAGUCAGGUACGAGUACGCCAGCCACCGUGCCUGUAGGAUCCAGAGUACUUGGACAAAGAGCAUAUCACCCGAUCAGGAAGGCACGGGACUCGUUCACUCACUCGCUCACUUCCUUGCCUGUUCCAUUCUCUUUUCUUACCUUGGUCAUCUUCUCUGUCCGGGACAACCUACUCGGAUCUUCAUCUGGGAUUGCAGCCAUCCUGUCGUCGGCCUGCUGCUCUGCUUUCCGCUCAUCCAUCCAUCCUAUCUCGUCUUAUCCAGACAGACUACCGAUGAGACUAUUUCACACGACGAGCACCACACCAACAACCAAAGAAAGAAUGAAAAGCAACCACGAAAUGCCUCUCGCAGCACCUCCACCUCCGUCAGCAUCGUUGUCAUCUUCAUCCCCUCCUCGUCCUCUCCGAUUCCCUCACAACCGCAACAAUAAAAGCACAAACACGCCUAUGCCUACCUCCCCAACAACCAGAACCACAACCACAGCAGAGCAGAUCUAUACAGUGAUGACCACGACCUCGACUACAGCCCCGACCACGACCCCAACCCCAAGCCACAAUCAUCGCCCAUUCCACCACCCCAAGCGAACCACCACGCACUACCACCACCACCAGCACCACCACCACCACACGCCCCACCCCAUCACCAUUCCCCCGCGCCACCGCGAACUCUCCCUGACGGAUAGCGAAAUCAGCAUCCUGGAUCUAGGGCCCAGCCUGCUUGUCCUGGGCGAGGAAGCCGAGGGUGAGGGUGACGGCGACGCGAACCCUAGGGGUGAUUUUCGGGAUCUCCCCGGUUUGCGGGGGGUGUAUGCUUUUGAAUCGGAUCGACGUCCUGAUUGGGGUUAUGCAUGGGGUAAGGGGGAGGGAGAGGGGGCUCGGAUGGAAAGAGAUACGCUGGUUUUGAGGGAUUCUGGGCGGGAAUGGAAGGGGAAGGGGAGGAUGGAUUCUGUGGAUGCUGCUGCUGCUGCUGAGAGGGAAUGGGGGGAUGAGGAGGAUGGGGAAGCGGGAUUGGGGACGCAUGCUCAUCCUCUAUUUUCUGCUCGUUCGGAUGGGGGGGAGGGUGGUGUUGGCGCUGUCGAGCCGGUGCAGUGUUGGUCUGCGGUUGCUAAGCCUAGGGGAGUUGGGCUUAGGCUUGGGCUUAUUGGGUUGCAUCGGGGUGGGGGUUUGGAGAGUGGUGUAUAGAUGGGGUUUGCGGUGUGAGUGAUCCUGGGCUUAGAUGGUGAAGAUGAACUGAGGAGGUUAGUUUUAUAGAUGCUGAGCGGUCGUGCUGGCUGGAUACGAGUGUAUGAUGUAUGAGAGAGUGAGUGGAAUCGACAGCGGUAUACUAUCCGGUUCACUCUAUCAUAACUCACACUGCUGAUUUGAUCAAUUAAUCAUAGUCAUAUCAGCUU